AUGACCACAACUGCUGGUUUUGGGGAUAAUUCAACCUUGUUCAACUCCACGAUACCGGCGGGCCAGCUACCCUUGCCUCCUCAGCUCACGCCGGGAUGGGGAGUUGCCGGAGUCAUCAUGCUCGCGACUGGUGUGAUAUAUACGCUUGUUGGUAUAAAAAACCGAUGGAUCCACACAUUCUUUUCUACCGCCUAUGUCACAGUACUCGGUGUUGCGGUCCUGAUCAUUUAUGUCAUGAGUACACCCGUUAGCAACGCGCUGCAAGGCGGGUACGUCGCCGCGGCCGUCAUGUCUGGCUGCGCCGUCGGCGCCGCGGCGCUGUUCUUCAAAGAGCUUACGGAAGGCUUCGGGUGCGCGCUCGGCGGCUUUUGCAUCAGCAUGUGGCUAUUGUGCCUGGUACCGGGCGGGCUUCUGCGCACCACCCCUUCCAAACCAAUCUUCGUCGCCAGCCUCACCGUAGUCGGGCUUGCGUUUUACUUCAGCAGACUGACAAGAGACUGGGCUCUCAUCGUCUUGAUUGCCUUUGGAGGUUCAACCAUAACUGUCCUUGGCAUCGAUUGCUUCAGCCAGGCGGGAUUAAAGGAGUUUUGGGCCUACCUUUGGGGGAUGAAUGACAACUUGUUUCCCCUCGGAGCCGAUACCUAUCCCGUCACCAAAGGCAUUCGAGUGGAAACGGCAGCCAUUGUAAUCAUCUCAUUGGUGGGAAUCAUCUCGCAGAUCAAGCUGUGGCGCAUCGUUCGUGAGAAGAGAGCAAAGAGAGCCGCGGAACGAGCCGAGGAGCAACGAAAUCUAGAGCAUGAAGAGGAGACUGUUGGGCGUCAAAUCGAAGAGGUCAAUGCUCGCGAGCGUCAACAGUGGGAACGCGUAUACGGCGAUGGCGCUGCCGAGAGCAUAGCAGACUCGCGUUUUACCGAUACCGGAAGCGAAAAGAGACUCCGACCUAGUCUUGCCGAGUCAAAGAGACAGUUGUCUGCCGAGGCCGUAGAAUUGACCGACAUGUCCGAAUCGGACCAUUCGAGGAACGGGCCUGAGGCGUUGAUGGCGGCGGAAGUCAACGAAGAAGGCAAGGUUACCGUUCGAGUUGCCGCCGAAGAUGUCCCCGAGUCGGCGAUGGGCGUUCAAGAAGCAGCGACGCCUGACGAGAAGGACGAGGCCAGACAGGGCGCCCAGGUGUCGAGCGAUGAUGGGAAAAGGCAUUCAAAAUCCACGGUUGCCAGUAAGCGCGCUUCACAAGCUCAAAUUGUACCCGAAGCUCCCGAGUUGGUUCCUCUCCCAUUCAUUGUCCCUGAAGAAACAGACGCCAAGUCCGAGGCGGAUCGAUCGUCCAUUGCCACUUUCGCAGAUGAAGCCGAGGUGGACGCGACUUCAGCGCCUCGCAAGUAUCAAUCGCUUGUGAAGAGGCUCUCACUAGGACCCGCCUCUUUCCUUCACAACAUUUCUCAGAGGUCUGACCGCACCGAAGGCGCUGUUGCAGACGGUCUUUCGGAUUCAGGGAAGAGUACAGAGGAGCUGUUUCUGGAAAGGACGCGCUGGCCCGAAGAUGACGAGAGGUCUCUGGCAGCGACAAUAGACGAGGAAAGCGUCAGUAGCAAAGGUCACAAUCCGAUAGACGAGGACCAUGAGACAGACGAAGACACCGGCAAAGGCGAGCCUGCAACGCCGCGCCUCGAGAUCCAGGCCAAGCUUGGACAGCCUGAUAACGAACCGCCCGUCGAGGGAGCUGAGGCAGCAGGAGCGAUCCCCGCCUCGCGUCCAACUUCAAGCACACGUACGCCAGGACCCACGGUUAUAGUUGGGGAGCCUGCUGGCCAUGAUACGACUCCUAAUGCUGAACAACUGAGCCAAGCGCAGGCCGAAGGGCAAGGCAAGAGGGAUUCUCCGGCAGAUCCGAAUCUUCCGGCAGCAUCCGACCGGGCUGAAUCUGUUGCCAGCAAUUCUUCCACAGCACCAGCAAGCUUGACCAAGGACCGCCUGCCGAGGUCGUUGUCGAGAGUAGCCAUGUCCUACAGGACCAAUGAAUGGGCGAAGCAUCUGAGCAAUGCAGAGCGCCCUGAGCUUGACGAAUUGCACAUCCCUCGUGCAAGAGCAGCGCCCAAGACGGCAAGAGACACGAAAGAAAAGGCCGCACCCGUCGAUGUGGAGGCCCUCAGACGGACAGCUGAAGACGGAGUCCCGCCAUUCCUCGUAAGACGAUCAACUUCUCAAACGUCUGAUUUGGCCAUGUCAAGCAGUAGCACCAGACGCUCUCCCAGGCCAGAUCUGCCUGCGGCCACAACUGCAGUGGUGCCACCAGCAUCUCCCACAGAACAGAACCCUCGCCUUGAACAACGAGCAGCGCAAUCAGCAAUUGCCCGGCCCGCCUCAUCAUUGAGGAAAAAGUCGUCUGGAUUCAAGCAGGCAUCGCCGAAUUUCACGUCCAUUGCAGAAGAGCGUGCAAACGGACCGACAGAUGAGCCAAUCGCGGAAGAAGGGAGCAGCGAAACUCCACAGCCUGAUUCCAGCCAUUCGUCGACGGUCGCUCUUGACAAGAUGUCGUCGCAGCCUCCUGCAACAAUGGCAGCAGCAGAGAAGCCUUCAACCCCUGGCAUUGUUUCCUAUUCCAGUCCCCAGACUCUGAUGGGACAAAGAGAGAUAUUCAUCCGCAGCAAGUCGCAGGGGAACCUGUUUUCGAACACGGCAGAGCCAACUCUUGCAAGCCAGGGAUUGGGUAGCGAAUCUGGCUCGUUGCGCAAUUAUGCCCUACAUGCUGCGACUAUGCCCAGUGUGGCUGACCCAGAUGACGUUCCCCUCAGCCAGCGAAAGGAAAUGAUGCGUCACAACGGUUUGAUGCUAGUGUCGGGCUCUCCCUCACAGCCUGCGCCUGUGCCUACUCGCCGGCCUACAGGUGCAGACAGCUCGGAAAACUUGGCCUUCAACUCACAUCAGCCCAAGAGAUCGUCGACCCGGCCCACCUUGGCGGCAAGAGAGGCUCAAUUGGCCAGCUUCCGUCAAUCAGUGCAGCACGGACUGCGCUCAGGGACGCCUGUCAUGAUGAAUACCGGGCGGGAUUCCCCUUUCGGCUCCCCUCCCUUGCUGGGUGGCGGACGCGAGGCGGAGAUGCAACGCAACAUGGAGAUGCAACGAACCGUUCUCAUGGGCCAGAAGGAAGCAGAGGCACAGCGAAGGGAGGUGCAGAAAAAAGAGAAAGAAGACGCCGACCGUGCAUUUGAUGAGCGGAUGAGGAACGGAGACAUGCUUGAAAUCCACCGAGAAGCCAUGAGGAAGAUGCAAAAGCAUGCGCGUUGA